AUGGAGUUGUUACAGUUGGGUAAGAGGUCCAGAAAGUUGGGGCUCACAAUCAAAGCAAAUCUCCAUCGAGAUGAAUACGGAAUGGAUGAUAUGGAUGAGUUUUUUGCUGAUGACACACAAGCACAAAUCAUGCUCAGAGAACAGGAUGAAAGAGUACUACGGCAAGGAGAGGUAUACAAGUCACCCACAUCGUAUAACGUAACUACCCGGAUGGGUCGUUUUGGUAAUUUUGGCGGUGCUACUACUAUAACAGCAGCACCAAAAGCCACAUCUACACGAUAUGGUCUCCAACAGGGAACUGGAGGUAUACCGCCUUAUGACUCUGGGUUUGAUGUUGAAGACAUUGGUAAUGACUAUGCACUGGAGAAGGAAGAUCAGUCACCUUUUAACUAUGUUGCAAGAAAAAUUGAUUUUGAUAAUGGAGAAGACAUGGGAGGUGGGCCCGGGGGUGAGCAAAAUCAAAUGCUCGGUGUGAACAAGCAGUCACCCUUGCGCUCACCAUUGCCUGAGCAGCGGCAAGGAAGUUCCUUGGGCGCAUCUCAGAGGGACAAUUUUCUUGACGAUGUAGAUGAUUACGACUUUGCGCAACAAGACGACAACUACUUUGAUCAGGACCAGGAACUACGCCCGGAAGACAGUCAAGGAUAUGACCCUGGAUCAGGACAGCAGGAUGAUUACGAUCUGCGUCUGGUUUCUCCACCACCACCACUAUCACCACCACAACUACCACCGCCACAACUUGAGCGGUCAGUCAGAGCCCCAAGAUCAUCCAGACGUCUUGACCAAAGAAGUAAGAGGCGAAAUAGUUUCUCCGAACUGGAUGAGAGUACGCAGGCCUCUGUGUCUGCAUUUAUUGAAGACACUAAAGAUACAGAUGAAGAUGACGAGGAAGUCACUGAUGCAGGUGGUUCAACUACAACCGAACUUUUUGUCAGAUCACCUUCAACAGAUCAAAGUCAGAGCCAGAGCCAGAGUCAACCUAAAAGAAAGAAACGGAGCAACAGAUCACAACCAUCAGGAGGCACAAGCAACAUGUCACCCACCUACAUCACAGAGGUGCCCACUUUACCAUCCCCGCCUCCAGAAGGAUUACGAAGAUCGAAACGUAUUCGAAUUAAACCGUUGGCAUUUUGGAGAAAUGAGCGUAUCAUAUUUACCAAACCACAUCAAAAACGGCCAGAUGAGGAGAAAUCUGAUGAUGAUGAUGAUGAUAACGAUGAGCCGGAUAUGACUAUUGUACGAGAUGUCCACAAGUUGCCAUUGAGAUCAAUUGCCGAAGUUGUCCAUGUACCUGACACAGUAGAGUUGUUGAGCACACGACAGAAUCGAAGAAACAGAAGACGCAAACUCGCUGAUGCACCCAUAUCGCCAAUCAGUUCCGAUGAACAUGAUCCAGAAGAACAAAAUGUCUUGCAGUCGGGGUUGCCGGGCACGUCAUGGUACAAGGAUAAAGUGUUGAAGGUAAAUGUGCCUGAGAAUGGAAAAUUUAUUGAACGAUCAAUUGCAGUCAGUUCACAGUAUACAGAUUUCAAAUCAAACUUGGUGUUACACGAGGAUGGAACUACCUCAGAAGACCCAAAUUUGAGAAUUAUGCAUUUGUUUAGUAACAUGGUUGACGAUUGUGCUGUUGGUAUGAUGGAGUUGAUCGGAACCAAACCGCCAUUGUACAUCUCAUCAAGUAAUUACUACUUGCUUAUAGUCAAGGGAAUAGUUGAGGUAACAUUCAAUGAGGAGACCUUUAUUGCUAACAAAGGGUGCAAUAUAUGCAUACCCCUGGGCAACGAGUACGGGAUGAAAAAUUUGGGCAAAGAGCCUGCUCUUAUUCACUUUGUGCAGGUUAGGAAACCAGAGACAGAAGACGGCGACGAUGGGGGCGAUGAGGACGAUGAGGACGAUGAUAGUGAUCUUUUCGGUGCAAGACAAGAGAAGGGCGAUAAUGAAGGUGCUUUGUGA